UAGCACUUUUUUUUAUCAUUUCUUAAAUAAAAUUGUUGUGGUCCCUUCUGUUUAAAUGCAUCCGGUGCCAUUUAAAUUCCAAGCCGACACUGAGUACAUAUACACAAUACAUAUAUUCUAUACGUACAUACACAAUUGUAUCGGACAAGGUUAUAUCCCCCACCCCUUCCGGUCACUCAUGUACCGUAAGGAACACUACCUGUGAUGUUCGGUACUAAGUGUGGAUUUUAUACAGGCAUAAUAUACUACUACCACCCUGCAUGCUCUAUACAAAUCAGUCGGUCAUCUUAGCUCAACGGUGCAUAACGUCCCUGUCCGGUUUCUUAACGGUUUAAUUUUUAAGCUCUGUGCGAAUUAAAUUUCCAAAAAUGUUUAAUUGUGUAAAAUGUGGGAAAGUGUAUGUUCUUAUAGACGAUCUGCUCAAGCACACUAACACCCAUGACGUAUCCCCUACUACAUGUGGUAUAUGCUUCAAAAUGUUUACACGUCGAGACAAUCUAUCCCGACAUAUUCAAAAUGCUCACAAUUCCGCUAGUCAUACUCGUCGAUGCCACGACUCCACGCAAAUGGGUUCCCCACUCCUACCAAUAGGUAAAUCAAUUUUUACUCUUACAAUAUUAUAAUAAUAACAACAUUUUAAUAUUAUUUAUCCGUGUUAGGCCGCCCUACGGUUAUACACCGGACACCCCCCGCUCCAAAACCAGACGUCCAACAACUAGCUAUACAGCCGUUGACGGUCGCCGCAACACAUCAAGUGCACACAACCCCCGCGUCCCAUGCUUCAACCCUCGUCCACUCGCCAGAUAUCGCAACCACCUCCACUGAAACAGUUUAUGGAGUGGCGCCGUCUCUGAUGCCACAGCCUUAUUCCGAGAAUUCGGUUGAAAAUAAUAAAAAACGAAAGGACCGUAUACAAUCGGUGAAUACCCGUGGCUUUAUCGAAAUCGAUUCAUCGCUUCAACGCACGACCGUAUGGUAUUUUAGAAAAAAUGUUGACAAUAUCACCAACUAUCGCACUUUUCUACACUCGAUAGAGUCGGAGUUGAUUGAAAAAUUACGCCAAUGCGUGGGUGUUCACCCAAUUAAAUAUGAUCUCAAAUUGGAGGUCACCUAUGUCAUACCUGCAGAAGUGGACAAUACCACCGAAAACCACGCGUUUAACUCUCCAGCUAGACAAUUAUUUGUGUACAGUAACGUCGUGGGUUUGGUCGAUUGCGAUUUGACUCUUCUUCUCACCAAAGCAAAAACUUUCGCUGACGAAGAUCGCAGGUUCACCUUUAUAUCGUAUAUUGGUGGACUGACCUUAGGCGUGCACCAGUACAACCCACCGAUAGAGAGGUGGUCAUACUUAACGUUGCCGAAAAAUAUUAUAAAUCGAAGGGCUGUCAUUAACCCACAAAACAUUGAUCAGCUGUGCUUCCAGUGGGCUAUCCUGGCGAAACACGUAUCAAAAUACCGUUGUCGAGUAAACACGAAUUAUUUUAACGAAGCGCACCGUUAUGAUUUUUCCGUGUUAUCCGUCCCCACGACUAUAUCGGAGAUAACAUUGUUCGAGCGAGCGAAUCCAGGUACGUCCGUAAACGUAUAUGGUCUGAAAUAUAAUGGAAAAAUUUCGACACAAUAUAUGGUGUACCCUCUGCGAGUGGCCGACGAAGAGAUGCCAAAUCAUUUUGACUUGUUGUUGAUCACUGGCUCAGAAAACAAAUAUCAUUAUACAUACAUUACAAAUUUCUCGCGGCUCGUUAGUUCACAAAUAAAUAAAGGUCAUCGUCGUUUAGUUUUUUGCAAAAAGUGUUUCAAAACUUUUGACUUCCAGCCUAGGAAGUAUAAAUUGUAUGGUGACAAAGCACUAGCGCAGCAUCGUUUGGUAGGUAACUGUGUUUUCAAUCCAAAUACUGCAUUAAUGCCAUUUUCACGUCAUUCAUGAGUCGUGACCUUUUACGUGUUGCAGUUGUCUGCAUUUAAGACUUUUUACUUUGAAAUUGUUAUCUAAAUGAUUAUAUACUUAUUAAAACAUAUAUAAUGGAAAAUCUAGUCUUGUAAUUGUCUGAGAUUUCGAUAAUACUUCUACAUUUUCAUAAAAUAGUAAUAAUUAUUAAGCAU